GAUUAAAGUUGGUUAUCGCACUUGCAUUUUGACUUCCGCUUAGAAACUAUGUAAACUUUCACUUUGUUGAAAAGUAAUUAUCUUAAAGCAGGAAGUCGUCCUGUCUGAAUUAAAGAGAAUUAAGUAAUAUGACAUAGCAUAAAAAAUGGCAAGAGGAUUAAGCCCAGAAUUUGUAGAAAAUAGAAUCCACACAUUGACUCAUGUUCCAGUGGAAUGGAGUGUGGACUUGCGAGAUAAGUACUAUGAACUGGACUUGAAGAUGAGCCAGAUGAAAAUGCUAGUCUUUGGUUUUAAAUGGGGAGAUGAAAGUGGACCUUUGCCAAGACUUGCAAACAUCACAGACACUCCAUCAAGAAUUCUCAAGUUGGAUCUGUCUUUGAAUGAACUUAUUGCACUAGAGCAUGAAGGAUUGUUGCCCUUUAAACAAGUUAGAGAACUGAAUGCAUCCCUCAACAGAAUUAACAAAUUUAUUGGCAUAGAAGUGCUGAAGAAUUUACAUUCCUUGGACUUAUCUCAUAACUCAAUAAACAAAAUAGAGAACUUAGUCGGGUUAUCUUCAUUAGUGAUUUUGAAUUUGAGUAUGAAUGAAUUAGAAGAUAUCUCAUAUAUGCCAAGCAUGGUCAGUUUGAAAGUACUGAAUCUUAAUAAUAACCAUUUGAAAUCCUUAGAUGGUGUCCAGGCAUUACCUAAACUGACAGAAUUAUCUGUACAGAGAAACAAUAUCACAAAUAUACUUCCUUUAACCAGUUGUUUUCACUUACAAAUACUGAAUGCAGCAUCAAACAAAGUGAAUUCUCUCCAUACAACAGUUGGUGUGCUGACAGAACUGAAAAGAUUAGAGGUCAUAGCUUUUCAUGGAAAUCCAAUUGAAAGAGAGAAAAAUUACCAAACAGAUAUUUUACGCAGUUCUAAUGUAAUGACAUUGGAUAAUAUAUCAGUCAGACCUUUACCUAAAGAAAAUUUACCAAGUUAUGAUGCUGGUAGUGGCAGACAUGUACAGAAUAUUGAAACAUUAAAAGAUGCUGCAAAACAGGCUUUCCAAGAGAGAAUGAAAGAAUCAAAAGGAAGGAUGGAAGAAAAUGUUAAUUUUCUACAGAGACGAAUAAUAGAUUUACAGAAUGAAUAUGUUGAUUAUGAAAAUAAACUGAAAACAGAUUUAGAUGCAUGUGUAAGGUAUUUGGAUUCGUUGACAGCAUCAGAAGUAGGUGGAGUUGACCACGAUCAACUUAGAGGAGCAAUUGGAACACCUAAUUCUAAACCUUGGCAUAGGAGAAAGGAAGGAAAGCCAGAUUAUGGAGGGAUUAAAGACACAGAUGAGUUACUUAAAGCUACACAGAAGGAACUUUUAAGGCAGACUCCUGGUGUGUAAAGAAUGUGAUCUUGUAUGCUGAAUAUAAAGACUGUGAUACAUUCCUGUUAUACCUAUUUGAUGCAUGUAUAGACCGAUAAAUUUCUGCAAUACUUGUAUGCUGUAUCUAUUGAACUGUGUUCAUUAUAUUUUUCUAAAUGAGAUUUACGUAGUUCAGAUUCUAUUUGCAUGAAUGUUUUUAAAAAAACAUGAGAAAACUUAUAUUUCAUCAGGUUAUACUUGUCAUAAGCUGUUACUAUGCAUUAUGCAGUUUUCAAUAAGACAUGAGUAACACUUACAGUCAAGUCACAGUAAUUAAUCAAAUUAUUGAUGUUGUGUAAAUUUCACAAUUCAUUCCUAAAACACAAAAAGAAAUGUAACCAUUUCCUUAAAAUAUCUCGAAAGUUUUACUGAUUUACAUGUGCCAAUCCUUCUUUCUGCUGUCAGUCCCAUGACCAUUUUUUUGCAUUUUUCUCAGGAUCUGCAAAUCAAAGCUUCCUGAAAUUUAGUAGCAAGCUUUAUGCUGGGCCAUGGAUUGAGUUGUGUUUUCAAAUUGAUCUCUUAUUAACUUCCUGUUAAGCAAACUCUCAAGUUCUCAACUGUACAUAUUCUUACACAUACAUGCAGGCUAUGUAUCAAAUGUUUGUCAUAGUUUUCCUAAAACUACAAGACCUAUUGAAAUUUGGAAUCAAGCUUCAUUUGAGCAUCUUAUACUAUUUUUCAUACAUCAAAUUCAUUAAACUAAACAUGUGUACCAGGGUUAUCAUUAAUGAAAUAUAGUGAGCAAUGGCACCCAGUUUAACUUUAUAUUUCUAUAGGAAACAACACUGCACAAAGGGGGAAAUAAGAUGGGUUGAAUAAUAGAUAUAGAGUGAGGGGCCCAUAUUUGCCGGGGACACAAUUUCUCCGUUGUAUGAUUUUGAGGUGUAAUCACUUCAAAGGAUGACUGAAAUGGAAGAAAUAUGCCGAUAAAUUAUUAUUUUAAAACAAAUAUGAUUAUUUUUUAAACUUAAACAAAAUUACUGCACUUACUGCAAAAGAUCGAAAAACGGACAACGAUUUUCGGUCAAUUUCUUGAAUGAAAAACAGGAUUUUCAAAGAUUUUUUUCUUAGUAAUUUUUUGACUGAUUGCCCUAAAUUUCUGUUUUUUUCACCUUAGAAAUGUCUGCUGUUCAUCUAGAAUGAAAUUUAUUUUAUAAAUAGUAUAUAAAGCUGCAGUUAUUUGGUUUUAGAUAGAUGUGUAAAAACGGCGAAUAUGUGUCCCCCAUUGACAAAACUUCUGGAAAUUUCAAACACCCUUUAAUCUAACUUUACAGAUGAUUAUUUUCAAACAAACAUGUUUUCAAGCUAAGGAAUGUUUUGCAUUUGAAGUUAUCUUCAUAUAGAAAUAUCAGUAUACUUCAAAAACAUAUAGACCUGAACAUAAACUGUAGAAAACAUUGAAAGAUAUGGCGAAAAUGAGCACCCCACUCUACUAAAUCUUUGAAGACGCUUAUCGUAAUGAUUAACCUUGAAAUAUCUUAUGUAUGAAAAAGGCAAAGUGAUUUGUCUAUAAAGAACUACUUAAAUUCUAUUAAUUUAUCCGAGUAGUGAAAGGUUAGGCUCUAUGAAUACAAAAAUAUUAAAAAAAAAAUAUCAGAAAUUUCAGAACAAAAUUUGAAAUUGUUUCUCCUAUUUUUAUAUGACCACAAAAAUUGAGAAUUUUUUGGUGGUAUACUUUUGCGUCGUCAAUGUCAUCGUCCAUAGACAUUUGGUUUUCGCACUCUAACUUUAGAAAAAGUAAAGAAAUCUAAGAAAUUUAAACACAAGGUUAUUGGCAAUAAAAGGAAGGUUGACAUUGAUUUUAAGUGUCUUGGUCCCAACAGUUUAGGAAUAAGGGACCAAAAAGGGGCCCAAAUAAGCAUUUUUCUUGGUUUUAGCACAAUAACUUUAGUAUAAGUAAACAGAAAUCUAUGAAAUUUUGUCAUAAGGUCUAUGACCACAAAAGGAAGGAUGGGAUUGAUAUUGGGAGUUUUAGUCACAACAGUUUAGGAAUUAGGGGCCAAAAACAGGUCCCAAAUAAGCAUUUUUCUUGGUUUUUGCAUAAAAAUUUUAGCAUAAGUGAAUAGAAAUCUAUGAACUUUUAACACAAGGUUUAUGAUCACAAAAGGAAGGUUCGGAUUGGAUUUUGGAGUUUUGGUCCCAAUGAAUUAGGGACCAAAAGGGUCCAAAAUUAAACUUUGUUGGAUCUCAUCAAAAAAUGAAUUAUUGGGGUUCUUUGAUAUGCCAAAUCUAACGGUGUAUUCAGAUUCUUAACCUUUGGUCCUGUUUUCAAAUUGGUCUACAUAAAGGUCCAAAGGGUCAAAAAUUAAACUUUGUUUGAUUUCAACAAAAAUUGAAUAUAUGGGGUUCUUCAAUAUGCUGAAUCUAACCAUGUAUUUAUAUUUUUAAUAUUUGGGCCCGGUUAUCAAAUUGGUCCACAUUGAGGUUUAAAGGGUCUAAAGUUGAACAUUAUUUGAUUUCAUCAAAAAUUGAAUUCUUAGGGUUCUAUGAUAUGCUGAAUCUUCCCAUGUAUUUAGAUUUUGGAUAUUGGACAAUAAUAGGUAAAUGUCCAAUUUAAAAUUUUUAAGUUUCUAUACGCCUGUCAAAAUUUUGACGGGACGUAUUAUGGUAUACAAAUGUCAGGUGUCCGUCCGUCUGUCUGUCCGUCUGUCCGGCGUAAACAUGUCGCACCGUAACUUGAGAACGACUUAUCCAAAUUUCAUGAAACUUAACAUAAUUGUUUCUUAUGAUGGUCAAAUGAUCUGUAUACUUUUUGGUGAAAAUAAAAUUAAAACUUUUUGAGUUACGGCACUUUGUAACUAAAGCAGGGGUGUGUUUUUUUUCACAUGUCGCACCAUAUCUCAAAAACGAUUCUUGAUUAUGGCUUAAAACUUUAAACACUUCUUAGUUAUAUUAAUCUUAAUAUCUGUAUACUUUUUGGUGAUGAUUCAAAAUUUUAUUUUUGAGUUAUUGAGUAUUUUGUAAAAAAGGGGGAGGGUUUUAUUACAUGUCGCACCAUAUCUCAAAAACAAUUUAUGAUUAUUGCUUAAAACUUUACACAUGUCUUUGUUAUAUUAAUCUUAAGAUCUGUAUACUUUUUGGUGAUGAUUCAAAAUUUUUAUUUUUGAGUUAU